GAGCCGAGGCGAGCGGAGCCGAGCCGAGCUGAGCCCGAGCGGAGCCGAAUGCAGCGAGCGGCAGCGCGGGCGCUGCGCGGGGCGCGGAGCCCCCCAGUGCUGACCCCGCCGGGGCUCACCCAGCCGGGGCUCACCCAGCCGGGGCUCACCCAGCCGGGGCUCACCCAGCCGGUGCGGGCGCGAUCGGCCGCGGCGGCGCCCCCGCCGCUCGGGCUGCUCUACGAGCGGCACGGGGAGGCCGCAGCCGUCGUGCAACUGAAGGAUCUGGAAGUGCCCAAGCUGGGGGACUGUGAUGUCCACGUCAAGAUGUUGGCAGCCCCCAUCAAUCCUGCCGACAUCAACAUGAUCCAAGGGACCUACCCCAUCCUGUCACCGCUGCCGGCCGUGGGAGGGAACGAAGGUGUCGGGGAGGUGCUGGAGGUUGGGCACCGUGUGACAGCUCUGAAACCUGGGGACUGGGUCAUCCCUGCGAACGCCGGGCUCGGGACGUGGCGGACACGGGGAGUGUUCCCUGAGGAGAUGCUGCUGAAAGUGCCCAGUGACAUCCCAGUGCUCUGUGCUGCCACUCUGAGCGUCAACCCCUGCACGGCGUUCCGUCUGCUGGCUGACUUCGAGAGCCUGGUGCCCGGUGACUCUGUCAUUCAGAACGCCGCCAACAGCGGUGUGGGCCAGGCCGUCAUCCAGAUCGCCAGGGCCUCCGGCAUCAAGACCAUCAAUGUGGUGAGGGACAGACCUGAUCUCCCUAAACUGGUGGAGAGGCUGAUGGCCCUGGGUGCUGACCACAUCGUCACAGAGGAGAUGCUGAGAAAGCCAGAGAUGAAAGAUAUAUUUAAGAGCAUCCCAAGGCCCCGGCUCGCCCUGAACUGCGUCGGGGGCAAAAGCACCACGGAGAUGCUGCGUCAUCUGCAGCCCAAGGGGACCAUGGUCACCUACGGGGGGAUGGCAAAGCAGCCUGUGAUGGUGCCUGUGAGUGCCUUCAUCUUCCGGGACGUGCGGCUCCGCGGGUUCUGGAUAACACAAUGGCGGAAGGACCACGUGCAGGACCAGGAGAGCGUGGCUGCGAUGAUGGAUGCCCUGUGCCAGCUCAUCCGCGGGGGCCAGCUCACGGCGCCUGCCUGCACCGAGGUCCCGCUCCAGGACUACAGGGCAGCGCUGGAGGCCUCCAUGAAGCCCUUCGUGUCCUCCAAGCAGAUCCUCCUCCUCUGACGUGGAGCCCUGUCCUGUUCCACAUGCUUGUCCACAGACUUGAGGGGAGAAAAGACCCUCCAGAUUGAUUGAA